CUGAAACGGACUGGGUUCGCUUAUUAUGGACACAUUACACCUAUCAAAUGACACUGUUUGAUACAAAGAGCAAAAAGUUUACCCCAUCGACAUAAAUUUGACGCAAUGCGUCUUCUUCUAACAUUAAGAGGUUCCUAAGGACAAGGCCCACAUCAAAGUGCGCUCAGUGAAUGAAUAUUAUUGUUAUCUUUGUGGUUCACUAUAGGAUUUGUUGUCGUGACUCCAUUGUCAGAUCCGACUACCUGCGGGAACCUACAUGACGUCACCACCUCCGACGAGCAGACGACAUUUUGCACGAGGGGUAGCCGACGUGAAGACAAGAUUUAAAGAUUUCCAAGAUGGAGCCGGGUGGAUUACGGUUGGCUUUGUUCCUGAUUCUUCUUGGACGUUUAUCAGGGUGGAAACGGGAUUACUCCUUAUUCUCCAGGAAUUUUGUAAGUGUAAAUUUAAAUGAAAAUCAAUAUAGGGAAUUGCGGGUAUCUUACAAGCGGAUUCUGGUUUUGGAAACAACUGCAUUCAUGGACACUCCGGAUACCUUAAUAGUGCGUCGCAUUACCGACGGCCGUCGACUAGUGCAGCUGGUGUUUCAACAUGCGGGCUUACGGGAUUGUCAAUAUACACAAAAUAGGAAAAUGGUUUUACGUCUGCUAAGCGAUUUUACCCAAGCCAAGAACAUCUUUUUCCGAGGCAGUUUGGGUAAUGUGAUGGACGUGUAUGGAAACAUGAGUGCACUACAAUCUGGAAGUGCGGUUCAGCCUGUUCACACCCUGGGACAACUGGGACCGUUUAUUUCGUACACAGACUUACACAAUCAGGCUAAAGCCUGUCAACGACUUUUCUCCAUUAUGAAACAACAUGCGAGGACUGACACAGGCUAUCACAGAAGGAAGGACGGAGGUGCUAAAUUGUCCAAACUGGUCCCAAACACAGAUGUGACAUCCCGCCUGCACGUGCGUACUAAGCGUGAUCUGUUUUCCGGGUGGUUGAUAUUCCCGGGGACGAAGUGGUGCGGCGACGGCGAUAUUGCAGAUUCCUACGACGACCUCGGCUACGACCGUAAAACCGACGCCUGUUGUCGAAAACACGACAGCUGUCCCCACAUUAUCGAGCGCUUCUCUUACAAGUACAGCUACUUCAACUACAAGUUCCACACACUCAGCCACUGCCACUGCGACGACAGGUACGUCCGUGUUUCUUGUUGA